UUGCGUGGUGUGGACCAGGCCUUAGUGUGGGAACGUUAACCGUGACUACAGAGAUAUGUACAGUGUACACACACUCCAACGUCUUUAGACAGAUUCUUCCUUUCAGCGUAAAAUUGCUGUUCCUAAAACAAACUGAACUGCAUGGCAUGUGUCAAUUUACUGAGAGUGGAAAAACGUAUAUCUAAUAAAUUAGAGGCAAUAUCCGAUCUAAUGUGGGCACGCUAUUAGCGACAAGACACGUACUGAAAGUUGAAUGCUAUAAACUGGUGGGAGACUACGAGCGAAUUUUAAACUGAAAUUAUUAACAGUAUCUUGUUCCCUUCUUUAUCUUCCAAUUUUGCUGUUUCAUUGCGUCGCGGAAAACUCCAGAGGUGAAGGAAUUUGCAGUGGCACACAAACUCGCAAAACAAACAGGACUCGUUAUUUCCAAUAUGCAAAGUGGCGCGGAAUGAGUUUGCUCAAGUAAUUUACGGUGGCGACAAAUCUUUCUAAUCUAAUGGAAUCUAAGAAGGAAACAGCGAAGUUCUGCGGUAAUAUUCUGGUGAGAAAAACAAAGAGACGAAGCUUCCUAGCCAAGUCAUUGUUCGAGGGUGUUUUUGGAGUUUUGACCGACGGUUUGUUUGAGUAUUACCACAGCUCAACACAGUGGACAAAAGGAGAAAAGCCGGAAUUUUUCAUCGAACUGUUUAAUAUCCAAUCUGUGGAAGAAGUGGAUGACGACGCAUUUAGCCAGGCGCUAUGUUUUCAGGUAACAUAUCACUGCCGCACUAAGAAGGACAAUUCUAACACACGAACUCUUUAUUUAUCCGCUUAUGACGUUGACGAGUUCGAGUCGUGGCUAUCUUCAUUACGGUUAGCUUGUGUGGACAAUCCAGUGAGUCUGACCCAGUACCACUCGGGUCGCUUUACCGGCAAAGGAUGGUCUUGCUGCAAGGCGGCAACGUUCCGAAGCUCGCCAGGAUGCAAGCCAAGUACAAUUUACGGAAUUCCAGACGUCAAGCGGCAAAAGUUGUCUCUAGCAAUUGCUUUCCAUGGUUUUGGAGUGAUCGCCCAGGAGUCUCAUUACUCAGAUAUGCCUGGAAGUCUUCCCUUCAGUGCCGGUGAUCACUUAACUGUUUCUGAUGCCUCUGGUAACAACGAGUGGAAAGCAUUUUCGACCACAUCGACUAGCGGAUAUGGAUACAUUCCAAAAGAUCUUGUGAAGCUCAAAGACCUCGAAGAAGAACCAUGGUUUUUUGAUGAGAUUUCCAAUUCUAUCACUGCAGCCAUUUUAAGAGACCAGGUUCCAGGAUGUUUCAUCUUAAGAACAAGUGGACUGGGGACUAGAACUAUUCUAUCUUUUAGAACGGACAGAACAGUGAAGCAUAUUGAGGUUCUUCUCGACGAAACAACUCAGAAGUAUCGCGUGAAGGACGAGUCUGACGCAGUGUCCUACGCGAAUUUUCUGCAGUUUGAUAGUAUACAACAGCUGCUGGACCAAUGCAAGCAGCAUGCAACUCUAGGAAUAACUCUGGAAAAGUACCCCACCAUCAAGAAUGCCGAUGAAAUCUGGAAGGUGGACUGGGGAGAAAUUGAAACAAGAGAGGAGUGCGACUUGAACCUACCAUGGAGUGUUAAUUACGGCAAGUUUCACAACAAGGACGCAUUGAUACAAGCUCUACCGGAAGGAAGCUCUGAUAUAUUAAAGGAAAAGUUCAGCAAUCAGGCAAGAUUGAUGAUGACCCUUAACCACGACAACGUAGUAAAACUGCAUGGGGUUGGUAUCAAGGGACCUCGCAACUUCAUGGUUCAAGAAAAUCUGUCUAACGGCAACUUGUCAGAAUACCUCAUGAGAAACUCUUCCCUGCUUCAAUCCUAUCCUACUGAGUUAGGAAAUAUCAUGAACCACGUGAUCAAUGGCAUGGUAUAUCUCCACGAGUGUCGGGUGGUGCACGGAGAAUUGGUGCCCAAGAACUGUCUUGUAGGAGACAAAGGAAUAAUAAAGAUCUCUGGUUUUCACUGUGCAAGGUCUCCUUGGUGUAAAAGACCACUAUCUGAUGAAGUCUACAACAACAAGGUUCCUAUUCCAGCUCCUGAAGCCAGUCAGAGCAUUGGAACGUAUUCGUCCGACGUUUGGGCGUACGGUCUAUUUAUUUAUUUCGUUGCUACUGUUGGUCAACAACCUAUUACAGAUUUACAGCAGGUUUUGAGCUAUAAGCCAGCGGAGGACACAUUGGACCAAGUUGGAAGUUUUGUUGAGAAGAUUUCGGCAUGCUUACAGACGGAACCCACAGAUCGUCCCACCUUUCAAGACCUUAGUGACCAAGUCUCCGAGAAAGUUGGAUCGUCGACGCCAAGUUGUUCUUCGCAUUCAUUCGAAGGUUCCCUAAACGCGCAGACACUGACUGAAGAAGUUCCAACUGUAAAAUCCACAUCCAGGAAAAACAAAGAGAGUACGGUGGAAUGUUUCGUGGACGACAACGGAACAAUGGCUUGGGACAACACAGAUGUUGCAUUAUCUUAUAGUCAAGAUGAGCUCAGACAACGCCUUAAAAAUGCAGAGUUGGAGGCGUUGAAAGCCAAGGCGUUACAAAAAAGAGCCGAAGCUGCAAAAGACGCAAUCCUCAGUCAAGUUCAGGAAGCGGAGACUAAGUGUCUGAAGGAAGUGGAACUGAUGACGAAGACGUUCCUGAUGCGUUUGAACGAGGCGAACGAUCGUGCAGCCGAGGCUGAACAGGCACGAUAUCUUGCAGAAGAAGUUAAACGACUCACAGAAGAGAAGUACACUCUUUACAAGUACGAAAGUGAGAAGAAUAUGCACGAGCUGAAAUCAAUGUUUGAUGACGCCCUUCUCGAAAGGGAUGAGCUCAUUACAGCCUUGAAAACGGUUGGCAAGGACUUUGAUGCACCAGAAUUGAUUUCUCCAAGACGCAGAGAUUCCAUCCACCAACUCGAAGAGAAGUACCAGCGGUACAUAUCUACCAGCGACCGUACUAUACAGAGUCUGAAAACACAGUUAAACGGCGUUGUGAAGCACAGGGAUCAACUAGCUAUUGAUCGUGAAGCAGCUAGAAAUGAAAUGAAAGAUACCCGAGAGGCUUUGGAACAGGCUGUGAAGGAAAAGGAAGAAUUCCAAUUCAGGUUAGAGGAGGCACAGUUUGAGAUCGAAAGGCUGGAAGAGAUGAUUUCAACAAUGACCCAAAAACGUCAGCAAGCGGAACGCGAGAGAGACCAACUGCAAAUGCUAACAGACAUGUCGUUGAUGAAACUCAGGCAGGCCGAAUCGGAAGCGCCAAAGAAAAGAGUGUCCCUGUGUUCUUUUCCGACAAAGAAUGACGAAAGGCCAACAGAAAAUCGAGAGCCUAGUCUCAGGAGACUUUCUGAGCAGCUCUUGCACCUUAUUGGUCCAUCACCGAUGGAAGUGCAAUCCAAAUCGGAUGAAAACUAUAUGGAAGAAGGGUCUGAAAAUGCAACAUCUGAUGAUGGCGCCGUCUCAUCUGAUGGGCAGCUUGAACAGGAACAUCCUUCUAAGUCGUCUCGAGAAGUGGCUCUAAGGAGGCCAGGCAAAACAGCUAUGCCUUCAGUACCGCAGGUAAAGGAAUUUAGAAGAGCCACGCCAACAAGACGACGUGAAAAUUACAGCAACGAGAAUAUAUGGUGGGACGCAGGCGACCCUUUGGCACCGCACAAGUUCGCCCAUAUCAACUACCACCAAACAAAAGACGACGAGAAGCAAAGCGAAUAUGCCCAAUGGCACGACUCUCCGAUCAAGAAACAUGAACCUGAAACAAGCAUACACCAUGAAGAAGAAAGCAAAGAAAAAAUUGCUCACUCCAUCGAACAACACAGGAAAGAUUCACUCAAGCAGUUCACAAUUCCUACCCUACACAUCGAAGAGGCAGAUACCGAUUUAGAAAUGGAUCAUCAGCGCGGAGUUCCUGAUAUCGAAAUAUCAGAGUUUGACGAGAACGAUCUGAUAGCGGAAGAAGACGAAGAAGAAGAGGAAGUAUUCCAUGGAUCUGAGAACAAUCAAGAUUCGCCAAUGUUUAUUAUAGGAGACCAGGAGGGUCACACACGAAUUGUGUACAGUUUUGACGACCUUCCAGAACUUUUACAGGGCAUCCCUCAAACAAACCUGUAAUGUUUCAUUGUGGGACAACUUUGUGUUUGCAUUUUAUUCAGUGUUUUAAGUUAACGCUCUUUAUUUCUGUCCCAACAGUACAGUGAACGAUGUGAUACGGUACUUCACCUACAUUCAAAACUAAUUUUCUCGCAUCAUUAUUUUCCCGAAAUCAAGCAAACACGAUUUUAAAGAACCCGAAAAUCAAAAUUUCAUGUAAUAAGGCAGUUAAUAACUCGUGAAUAUCAAAGCCAAGGUGUUAACUUUGUUUAAAGAACGUGCCAUAUGCCCCACCACACCUUCCUGGCAGAUAAUUAAAAAGCAAUUUAUGGGUACUAGGACUUGCGCGAACAGUCCAAACAAAUAAGGGCAAGAUUUCCUCACGGCUGAAUCUGGAAAAGUCCAGUCUAAAACGUUUAUUUCUUGCUUAUCUUGGAUCGCUAAUUUUAUACUGAGCUGUUGAUAUGAAGCUUUAACAAUAUCAGUAGGUCUAUUUCGAUUACUUAACUAUCUGUUCCAAAUACAAGACGUUGAUGAAAUGAGACAGUGAAGCCAUUUAAUCUAAAAUAGUUUUUAUUUUUAAUAUGAUAGAAUAAUGCCAUGCAUUAUCAUAACUAGGCUUGAAAAAGGAAAAAAAACACACUUGAAAUUUUCUCGUAGAAAUAUAAUAUCUUCCACGUCUCUAAACGACUCGCGUUUUUUAAAAAAAUAAAAAAAAUUGUUCAACACAAAAUCAAGAGAGAUUACUGACACAUGCAAUGAUAUUGCUAUUAAAUUACUUAUGAUUCGGAAAGGUCA